UUUUCAAAAAUGGAAUUUCCUUCUUCACAACCUUCAGAAAUUGAUGACGAUCAAUUGGAAGAAACUUUACUUGAAAGAAUUGAAGGGCUUAAAGAAAUGUUUCCUGCUGGACUUCGCUCUGCUGUUUAUUAUUCUGUUGGUGUGGGAUGGACUUUGUUGGGCACUUCUUUUUCGCUAGCACGUAAAGCUACUUGGGUAUUGUCUACUUCUGCUUUUAUCAUGAUUUUGCCUUACUUUAUUGACAAAGAACUUCGCGACAUGGAAAAAUCUCAAUUGAAGCAACAACAACAAUUAUUGCUUGGGCCGUCUAAAUAA